CUCAAACCUGUCACGUAGAUCAAUUUGUGAUUUUUGCGAUAAACUUGAGCUGAAGUUUUUCACUUUUGUUCUUUUAAUUAUUUGUUUUUGAAAAAAAUCAGCGAGUAAUUGAAGAGGGGAAAUCAGAGACAUUCAUCUUGUGGUGAUUGUUUUUUGUUGGAUGGUUGAGACUGGAGAUUCCUGGCCUCAGCCUGGGCAUUCUGCUGGGAACCUGCCCAAUUUAAAUUGCAUGAAUGAGUUGCUAAAGUUCAGAUUGCAAUGUCUGAACCCAGACACUUAUAUCUCUUAUGCACAAACGGAGUUGCAGGGAUCUUCUAUUCACCAUACUGGCUUGAAUUGGGAGCAGAAGAAUGGGAAUGGGUUGCUUCAUAGCUUUCCAUCUUAUUUGGGGACAAUGCGUUCCAAUGUACUUCCAUGCCUUAUGGAGAAACACUAUGAUUCAUCUUUGGGAUUUGCACGAAUGACCUUACCUGAUUCAAAUACUGAGUUUCCUAAGAAGGAAUUCAUUAUCUUUGAUCAUUCUGGAAAUCAAACAAGUGUAAUGUAUAGUUCUGGUCCUGCUCAGAUCCCCAUCUCAAUUAGUGCAAAGAAUUGUAGUCAUGGCUUAAAUGAUGAUGAUGAAGAAGAAGCUGCUGGGGAUAUUGAUUUAAAAAAUUAUUUAUUUCACAAAGGUCCUUUGAAAAAUGGAAUUGCUGGUGAGGAGAGUGAGAUGCAUGAAGAUACAGAAGAAAUAAACGCCUUGCUUUAUUCAGAUGAUGACAAUCACUAUAGCAGUGAUGAUGAAGUAACAAGCACUGGUCAUUCUCCAUCGCUGAUUAAGGAACUUUAUGAUAAACAAAUUGAGGAAAUGAAUGAGGAAGUUGCUAGUUCUGAUGGCCCCAGAAAAAGGCAGAGAAUGCUAGAUUGUGGGCACAAGAAAUUGUCAGAUGCUCCUGUUUCAGUGAAAGUAGAUGCCUUUAACAACUACAGAGUUGAUAUGAAAUCAAGCUACACUGGUGGUGAUAGCCAAGGACAUCUAAUGAAUUCCAGUUUGGGAAAAUUUUCAUCAAAAAAAGACAAAUUAAGAGAGACUUUGAAACUUCUCGAAACCAUGGUUCCUGGUGCUGAGGGCAAGCACCCAAUGUUGGUCAUUGAUGAAGCUAUAGACUACUUGAAGUCUCUAAAGUUUAAAGCAAAAGCUAUGGGGCUGGCUGCUUCCACGCUACCUCGCCGUGAUGUCGGUCAAGAAUGUCAGGAUGGGAGAAAAAAGUGUUGAGCAAAGAUUUCUUUACAGAAUGAUUGUUGAAUUUGAAAAUCGAUAUGGCUUGCUUUUAUGGGACCCCAUGUACAUUAAGGGACUGUACAUAAUGGGCUACUAAAGGAAUUUAAGUAAUAUGCAGAUACUUUUCCUUGCUUGUUGCCAUUGAAAGACAAAAUGGGUAAUGUUGACCAGAAAUGAUUAUUAUCUAUUUGCUUUUGGGGCACCAAAGAUUAAAGGAAUCACUGGGAUUUGACUACUUAGGAGGUGACAAUAGAGUUAUUUGUUGUAUUUUUGAGGGACCCCUCUUUUCAUGGAAAAUGUUGAGAAACCCCAUGAAUUUAGUGCAUGCGCAUUUGGGUUAUUUAGGCCCCACCCUCCACUCAACUCCACCUGCCUUCUCUAUAUCUUGCUUUUCCUUCUCUUUACAUUGUAUGGAUAAGAAAAAAACAAAAUGCAGAUAAUGAAAGUAUUGGAAAAUUGUGAGAGUACAGCAAUGUGAUUCAUGAUGAUAUGGUGGGAGCUGAGCUGGACUUGCCCUUUAAUCAAUUAUGUUGUAAAGGUAAGCUUGUUUUUUUUCUUGCAAAGUGGGAAGUGAUUGCUUUUUUGUACAGAGAAAAUUGUGAAGAUGGUGGUGGUGCUCUGCUGCUGCUGCUGCUGCUGCUGCUCGUGAGAAUUUCCUCUGAAGUUGGCUUUAGGUUUUAGAGUUGUCUAUAAUGAUCGUUGGGUUCUUGGUUUGUGUAUUUGAGUUUGAAGAUGAUGAAUAAUUUGGUGGAUGAAUGUGGUUUUGUGUUCUGCCAUAUUGUUUUGUAUUCUCCACCUAUUUUAGCUGCUUUUUCCUUUUUCCUUUCCAUUCCAUGAGUUUUCUUUGUAUUUUGUUGUUUAAAUCUUUCUGGUUUGCUUUGCCUGUACUCCCACCUCUAUCUAAUAAUGAUAAUUGCAUUUUGAUGGAAUUCAAGCA